CUUGCCAUUUCUGCAGCUGAUCCUUGGCCUUUCUCUCUUGUUUUCUUAUAACCUAUACUAUAUAAGAAUUUGCACCCAUCUUUAGGCUUUCAGGGUGAUCUUCUUUGUUGUUUCUUUGAUUUUUUGUGGUGUUUAAGCGUACAAUGGGGAGUGGAGAUAAAAAUCAUUUGAGUUUUCAUAUUCACUUGCCAAAUCACCAUCACCACCACCACCAUCAUCACCACCACCACCACCACCAUGAUCAUCAUGGCAAGAAGCAGUUGAAAGAUAUCCCAAAAGGGUGUCUCGCAGUCAUGGUAGGGCAAGGUGAGGAGCAACAGAGGUUUGUGAUUCCUGUGAUUUAUAUAAAUCACCCGCUGUUCAUGCAGUUAUUGAAAGAAGCUGAGGAAGAGUUUGGAUUUGAUCAAGAAGGCCCCAUCACUAUUCCUUGCCAUGUUGAGGAGUUUCGCAAUGUUCAAGGCAUGAUUGAAGAGGAAAAGUCCUCCCAAGAUCAUCAACAACAACAACACCACCACCACCACCAUCACCAUCAUAUCUUGUGCUUUAGGGUUUGAUUUAAUUAUUUAUGGAGUUGUAUAAAAAUCAUUUGUGGUCUCUUUUCAUUUUCCUUUGUCUGCCAGAUUAAUUAUUAUCCGCUUCAAUAUUAUUGUAUAUUUUGAUGAUCACGAAAAAUUUAAUGGAAAGAAGAUUGUGUUUGGUUCAAUAACAA